UCCACACCCUUGAAUACAUACAUUUGCCUUCAUAGAUGAUGAGGAUGGCAGCAAUGUUGUUCUAUAUGAUGGUGUUUGCAACAAUAUGUUCAUCAUCAUCAUCCAUGGCAAUAACAAGAGAGCAAGAAGAAGAUAGAAUAAGAGAGCUUCCGGGUCAGCCACGUGUCGGAUUCUCACAGUUCUCAGGAUAUGUAAGUGUAAACAAGAAACAUGGUAGAGCACUCUUCUACUGGCUCACUCAGUCUCCCUCUUCUCCCAACAACAAACCUCUUCUUCUCUGGCUCAAUGGAGGACCUGGUUGUUCAUCAGUAGCAUAUGGGGCAUCAGAGGAAAUUGGACCAUUCAGGAUAAACAAAACUGGUUCUUCUUUAUAUCUUAACAGAUUUGCUUGGAACACAGAAGCAAAUAUUCUGUUUCUUGAAUCACCUGCUGGUGUUGGUUUUUCAUACACAAAUACCAGCUCUGAUCUCCUAACUUCUGGGGACAAUAGGACAGCUCAGGAUGCACUGAUUUUUCUAGUUAAAUGGAUGUCAAGAUUCCCACAGUAUAAAUAUAGGGACUUUUACAUUGCUGGGGAGAGUUAUGCAGGUACAUGAAAGAAAAUCUAUGAUUAUAAUAAAGAACAUCCCAACAUUAUUAAUCUCAAAGGGUUCAUUGUGGGAAAUGCUGUGACUGAUAACUACUAUGAUAGCAUUGGA